GAGAAAAAGAAAAUUCAACUGCGCGUAGUUGGAAGACUACUACAGUAUGAUAAUUGUUCUGCAUUGACUGACUUUCGACCAUUCGCUCCAUUUUCACUAGGUUUUCUCAUUUCCCCUUUCUCCAUGUUCCUCGCGGAGAUCCCCUCCUUCUGCUCAGACCUCUCUUUCUUCACAAACUUUUUGUAAUUUUACUCCGCAGCUUGCUUCCGAUCCUCCACAUCAUUCCCUUUUCCGGGUCUCAUUGGAUUUCAUCUCUGCUUCCUCAUCUGGGUUUUGUUGGAUCUCUCCGAUUCUUCCCCAAAUCGAGGUAUCUUGUUGCUUUUCAAUUAAUGGCGCCUGUUCUUUCAAUUUUGAGCUGAAAAUUUUGGGGAUUUUUGUGUUUGACCCAAAAUCUCUGAUGGGUUUCUGGAAUUUUUGAAGAAUCUCGCUUAGUUGUUCUGUUUUUUUGAGUUUCUGGGGUUGUUCUUGCUUUAGCAAACAGUGGGGGGAUAGGAAACGGAGAGAGUGGGUGAAAAAAGGAAUUCUCACCAUUUUUGUUGAAAACCCAUUUUGGGGAUUUUUUGAGUUUUGUGUUUAGUGAGAUCAUUACUGUCUGGCAAUGAUGGGAGGACAAUCUAGCAAGAACAGAUCAAGUGGUGGAGAUUUUUCUUCUCCUCUUCCCAUAAAUGUUGAUUCUCAGUAUGCUGCUGACCUUAGUUCAUAUGAAGCUGCUUGUGAAAAUGAUCCGGAUUUGCAAUCCUUUGAUGUGGCGGUCCAUGAGCGGACGACCCGAGUCCUAAAUUCUCUAGCCACGGGAGUUGAGGCUCGGUCGCUGUCGUUCGAUGCCCUCAUGGAGGUCACUGACUGUCUGCUGGAAAUGAAUCAAGAUGUGGUCAAGAUCAUCCUUGAAAGUAAGGAGGAUGUGUGGAGCAACAAGGAGAUGUUUAAGCUUGUGAAUGAGUUCUUUGAUAACAGUCUCAAAACUUUAGACUUCUGCACGGGGUUGGAGAACUGUCUACGGCGAACUCGGGACAGCCAGUUCAUCAUUAAGCUUGCUGUUAAGCAAUUGGAGGAAGUUGAAAAUGGAGGUGAUGAGAGAUAUGUUAGGACAUUUGAAGAGUUGAAGAAGUUUCAGGAGGCAGGGGAUCCAUUUACUCUGGAGUUUGUUCAGCUGUUUCAGUCCUUAUAUAAGCAGCAUUUGUCAAUGUUUAAGAAGUUGCAAACUGAAAAGAGGAGGCUUGACAAAAAGUAUAACACCACGAAGACGUGGAAGAAAGUGUCGAAUGUCAUUUUUGUUACCGCGUUUGCAUCGGUUCUGAUUUUCUCCGUCGUAGCAGCUGCGAUGUCUGCACCUCCCGUGGUCAUCGCGUUAGCUGCUGCCCUGGCGGUUCCAAUGGGCCCGGUCGGGAAAUGGUGUAACUCAAUGUGGAAUCGCUAUUUGAAAAAAAUUAAAGAGGAGAAGCAACUUAUCAGCUCAAUGCAAGGUCACACUUACAUAAUUCUGAAGGACUUUGAGAACAUUCGAGUGCUUGUUCGGAAAUUGUCGAUUCAGUUCGGUUCGUUGUUGCAGAAUGCCAAUCUCGGCAUUAGAGAACAGGGAGCUAUGCAGCUUGUAAUAGAUGAAAUAAAGAAAAACCUUGAAGGUUUUGAUGAAACCAUUGAGAAGUUGAGUGUACAUGCUGGUAAAUGCAGCAGAGAUGUAACAAUGGCAAGAACAGUUAUUCUGCAGAAAAUUGUAAGGCAUCCUGACAGCUGAUAAUCCAACCCCUCUGGUGAGCAAGUUUUGCUUCCAAGUCUCGUUGGUUGCUCGUAUGCCACUCGAUUAGCAUCGAGAAACAGAGAAAGACAACUAAGACGGGUAAUAACUCAAUCAUAUGCUCCUCGUCUCAGCCUGAGAAUUGAUUCUCCAAAAUAUUGAGAUAUCUUCAAUCAAAGUGAGUUCACUCACUAGAUCGGUAUUGAUUUAUGAUAAGCUUUAAGCAUGUCGGGAUUCAGAAGGAUUUAGUUACUUCUUUUAUCUCUUCUUUAUAUGGAUGUAACAACUGUGUACAAGACACCAAGAGGUGUGGGAAUGUAUGAUAAUAACUUGAUGAUCUCUUUGUUGAUCCUAUUUCUGAACCAAGUUUAUGAAUCAUCACUUGAUAAUGUUUGAAAAUGGAAGGCUGUUGUGUAAUGUAGAAAAGUUUGAGGGCA